CGAGUGGUAGCUGUCGUUUGGUUUGGUUCUUGCUCACCAUAUUGCCUGUCCGCUAUUCGUUUUUUUCUUUCUCAUUACUGUGAUAAUAGCACGUUACCUUACGUUCCGUUCAUUACAUUCUAUCAGAUAGUUGUAAUAUCGUUAAUACGCUGUUAAUUAAAUAAAAUAAAAUUCGAUCGCCAUGACUACCAAUAUACAACAGGGCACAUUAUUAGACGUGUUGAAGAAAAAAAUGAGGCAGACGAAAGAAGAAAUGGAAAAAUAUAAAGAGGAAUGUGAAGAAUAUCACAAAAGGUUGCAGCUAGAAAUCAUGAGGAGGGAGGAAGCUGAGAGCGAGGUCGCCGCCCUCAACAGACGUAUCCAACUGUUGGAGGAGGACCUCGAAAGGUCUGAGGAAAGAUUGGCCACCGCAACAGCUAAACUGGCCGAAGCCUCCCAAGCAGCAGAUGAGUCCGAAAGGAUACGGAAAGCAUUGGAGAACAGGACAAAUAUGGAAGACGACAGGGUGGGUAGCUUAGAAGCACAACUCGCCCAGGCCAAACUCAUCGCCGAAGAAAGUGACAAAAAAUAUGAAGAGGUAGCACGGAAGCUUGUCAUGAUGGAACAGGACUUAGAGAGGGCGGAAGAAAGAGCCGAACAAAGCGACCUAAAAAUUGUAGAACUUGAGGAAGAACUCCGUGUUGUUGGUAAUAACUUGAAAUCACUGGAAGUGUCAGAAGAAAAGGCGACACAGAGGGAAGAAAACUUUGAGGAACAAGUUAAAGCCUUAUCAGCGCAAUUAAAAGAGGCUGAAGCUCGCGCUGAAUUCGCCGAGCGUUCCGUUCAGAAAUUGCAGAAGGAAGUUGACAGGCUGGAGGAUGAUCUCGUCGUCGAGAAGGAGAAGAACAAACUGCUCCAAGAAGAGAUGGAAGCCACCCUCCAUGACAUACAGAACAUAUGAAAUAGUUGUCGAGAAGGAAAAGUACAGAGACAUUGGGGAUGGCCUGGACCUCGCCUUUGUAGAGUUGUACGGAAUCUAAUAACAAAAAUUAAAGAAACAAAACAAAAUCAGUUAAUCAUUGUUUAAAAAUUAAAAAAAAAAAGACAAAAAAAAACAUAUGACGUUCAAACAUGAAUUCGGUCAGAGAGAGAGAGAGUACUUUACCGAAAAACAAAAAUAUAAAUAGCUGCCCUCAUUAACUCAGAAAAAUAUUUUUAUUUUUUUCAUUUUUAUAAUUUAACUUUUGUGUGUAUGUGUGUGUGCCAUUAAUAGUAGCUUUUGAAUUGAUUUUAUUUAUUUCUCUAAUUGAUCACAUGACAUGAUUAUUACACACGCACAUCUUCUUCAAGGGCACAUUUCUGUGUAACACGAUGCUCCACGCUUGUUUUUUUUGUUUUUAUUUUUCAAAUUGCUUUAUCAGCUAAUAUUUGUGUAUUAUCAGGGUUCAAAACUUAUUUUUUUCUCUAUUUAUUUUAUUUAUAUUUUUUUUUUGUUUGUUAAUUUAUAUAUCAGCUCAGUUAAUGAAGCUGAGCUUGAAUGUACAGCCUUAUAACUAACCAGAUCGCUUUAUUUAACUUCUAAUUAAUGAAAGGUGUUAUGAUUACAUUUAAUUAUAUGCUAUUACCGUUUUCUCUCAAAAAUCUUUUAUUUAUUUGUUGAAUUCAUUCAAAAUUCUAUAUAUAUAUGUAUAAAUAUAUAAUAAUUUAAAAAAAAAUGUUUAAGUUAAUAUUUUUAUAAUAUUAAUUAUUCUUACUUAAAACAUGGUGCGAAAAUAAUUUUUGAAUUUAAUUAUAAAUCUUAUAUAUAUUGUUCAUUUUUUUUUUCAUUACAAAAUAGUAAUUUAUUGUAUAAAAUAUUAAGAAAAUUGUUAGAUUCAUUUUUCUUAACUGUUUAAAGUUUUAUUUAGUUAAUUUUUUCCCAUUUUUCGACACUUUCGACCGGAAGUGACGACCAAUUCAUUAUUUAUGUUUUUUUGUACAGCUCCCUUCGUAGGUUCCUUAUAAAUUCUUUAGAUUAUAUAUUUUAUUAUGAUUAUUAUAUUAUUCUUUAUUAUAUUGUAAGAGCAAUAAAAACUGCCAUUGUAUUUCUUUUGUUUUUCUUCUUUUUUUUUUUUUUUAAUAUUUCCUUUUUGUGUGUGUUUGUCUAACUUUUUUUCUCUGAAAUAUACGUGCAACAUAGCUCUAUUAACACUUAAUAAAGAAUACAAAAUGUGUAAUUGUAAAGAAGAAGCAUUCAUCAAAACUGCUAUUUAUAUCAGGAAUUAGCAUAUUUUGUUUUGAUUUUGGCUGCUUAUGUCGCAACAAAUGGCUUUAAUGAAAUAGAAUAGAAAUUCCUUUAUUCUAGGACUAAUGUCCGUCCCCCUUCAAAUAAAUAAUUUAUUAUUAUUUACCUGAAUAUAUUUUUAAAAUUAAUAAUGAAUAAAUUAGAUAAAGUAAUUAUGAAACUUAAUCAAUUCUUGCAACUUGUUAAUUUGAUUCUAUGCGAAAUUAUGAUUCUUGGAUAGAUAAAAUAUUGGUUUUUAAUGUAGAAAAAGUAUGAGCAUUGCCAACUGAAGUUUGAAAAACUUAAUAAUUAUUGCUAAUUCCUGAUUUAUGUCUCUUCUAUUUUGCUUACACAAUUAACUGAACAUAUUGCCAUUGUAUUUGGUUUUGUUUUGUUUUUACUUUAUUUGGUGAUGAAAUAAUGCUUAUUUCAAGACAAGGAAUAUGUUUAUUUAAAUAAUGAUUUAUUUUUUAAAGCUAUGUGUUAAUUAACAUCUUAAUUAUUCAUAUAUUCUGUGAUGAGACAAGGACUAGCACAACUUAUAACCUCCAAACUAUUGUAAGACUAAUGCUCAGAUUAAGACAAAAACAACUUAGCUUAAACCACAUUCAUUAAGCACCUGUUUGUUACUUAAAUAUCACAAUAACAAUAUCCUUCUAUAGAAGUUAAAGAAUCUAUUAUGUGAAAUUCUGAGGCAUUUAUGAAUGAAAUAUUUCAUUGAUUCAGUAAAAAAACCACUCGUCGAUCAAUAUAUUUAAAUAUCGCAAAAUGAACCUCCUAAAUACAUUAAGGAUUGGGAUAACUGAGUAAGUAAGACACUCUGCUGCUAUCCCCAAUCUGUCUUUUACAAAUAACCAUUCUGUUUCAUCACCUGUAGAUUAUUAUUUUAACUUUUUUUAAAUAAUGAAAGGGAAAAUGAAUAGGCUUAAGUACAGUUAUUUUUCCUUUGAACAACAAGAAAACUUAGUUAAAGAUGAAAAACAAUAAAUAGAAACAAAACAGUAUUUAUUAAAAUAAUUCUUAAGUUAAUAAGAAAGGAAAGAGAAGAAUUCAUUUCAAUAAUUAAACCACAAAAUGUCGAUCCUGGUCUAAUUUUGCAUAAAAGUUGUUAACAACUAAUAAAAUGUAACAGUUAUCUAUGAAAUUAUUGAUUGUAAUAUGCUAUUAGAUGACAGGAGGUUGUUGAAAAUAAAAUGUCUCAUUUUGACUGUUCUAUUCCCUAUCAAUUAAAAAAGUAAAUAAUUAUAAUGAAAAAAUGUUUGUAAACUUACCAAAUUUUUAAUUUAGGUAAUAUUUAAAACGUAUGGGAAGGGAAAGAUUUGAUUCACCUUGUGAGAAAUCCAUCGUUUUAGAUAGAAAAACAACUCUAUUCUGGGAUUAAGUCCCUUUAGAAUAAUAAAAUUGUAAAAAAAAAAAAAAAAAAGAUUACUUCUGUCCUAAAAAUUUGACACAAUGCAUAACAUUUAAAAAACAAAAUAAAGAAAGAAAACCUUAAGUGAAUAAUCUAUAAAUAAAACUAUUUACAAAACAAAACACUAGAAACUAUGAACAAAGCAUUUAAAACUAUACAUAAUGGUAGAACAGCAUAAAUAUACACUUAAAGAAAUUAAGAAAGAAAAAGUUUUAGAUGCAUCAAUGAAAAUAUUUAAUUAUUGUUAGUUAGGUAAUGAAAACAGGUAUUCAGACUUUUAUACAAUAUAAUUAUGUGAUUUCUUGCUGCUGUCACCAUUCCCCAAAUUACAGCUUUUUGUUUUGUUUUUUAUCAACUUCAUUGUAGAUACCUAAAUUUUUUAGUAGAGAUAAUAAUUACAUAAAACUUUUUUAAAUUAAAAAGUCUCCGUUUCCUCUUGACAGUUUAUUUUAAAAUUUUACUAAUUUUUCCUAUUAUACUCAUAUGGAAUGUUGUUAGCCAGCACAUUGCAUUUUACAUUACUUAAUAUUUAUUCUUUUUAGUUUUAUAUUUUAUCUCAACAGUUUAUAAAUAUAUAAAGCUGUAUUUCAAUUAUUAAGUACACAGAUAAUUAAAAAUUUCAUAAGUGAAUAAAACAAAAACUAAUAGCAAUGUAUUAAAAUUGGUAAUUUUAGAAUUGUCAAAAUAAUAUUUUGAGUAAUUGCCUAAAGAGGGCAGCACAAAUCGAGAAAUUGUUAAUUAAUAGUUCUUAUUAAUGCCACAAGAGGCCAGCACAAUACAGCGCUUAUUGCGGGAAUUUCUAGCUCCGAAAAUUUUAUUUUGUAAUAGGAUAGUGGGAAGCGGUAGGAGCUCAACAGAAACGCCAGCUCCUAGUCCUGUAAGUGCUGCCACCAUGCGGUAGUUGGGUGAACUAUCCCAGGCGACCAGGAGCAGCCUGAUCAGCUUAGCUCCUAGGGGCUCCUGCUCUCCUAUUACAAAAUAAAAUUUUCCUGGUUGGAAUUCUUGUAAAAAUUGGCUGCCAUCUUGUGGCAACUGCUACUUUUUAGGAUUCUUGAUUUGUGCUGCUAUCUUUCGAUAGUUUUUAAAACCUACCUUUUUUUAAAUUUUAAUUUAUUGCAUAUUUCUGUUAUUUUGCUCUAUAUUUAAAAGAUAGAAAAAAAUGAUUUUUUGUUUAUUUUGUAAUAUUUUUUUUUUUAAUAUUUCCUCUUAAAGUUGAUUUCAUAAAUUCUUACCUUUUAUAAUAUAAUAGUGAAUAUGUAAAGAGUAAAAUUAAUAUCCUAAAACUUAGGUUUUUCAGUUCAUCAAACUUUGUGAUUAAUAUUAAAAAAUAUUUAAUUUACAAAUACUUGAUACAGGUAAUUUCCUGCAUUAAAGACAAUAAAUUAAUAUUCUAUGAAAUACACUAAAUUGAAAGUCUCAGAUGCCUCUUAUCAUCACUUCAUAAUGUUUUCAUUUUUUUAAUUACAAUGUUUUCACAAUAAAAGUGGGACGUGUCUCUUUUUUCUCUUAGCGAUUUGUUAUAACAAUAAAAUACUAAAUAUAGUCUAUGUAAAAAAUAUAUAGGAAAUCGAGAGCAUACAUCUAACAUAAAAUAAAAUAUCAUUGAUUAUCGAAUAUAAUAUAAUUGAUCAAAAACCAAAUUGAGGUAAAAAUCUCAAAAAGGUAAGACGUAUGAUGGGGAAAGAAUUUAUAAAAGUGAAAUAAAUUUAAUUUUAAUUAUCAUAUAUAACCAUUACAUUAAAAAAGGUUGCUUGGAAAUGGUAAACAUAAGAUUAAGGCACGGAAACAAAAAGAUAAACAACAAAUAUUUUAUGUUCAAUAAUUACAUUCAUAAUUUAUAUCCAUGCAUUCACCAACACAAUCUAAUCACAUCUUAACUUAAGAUUCCGAUACAUUACAACUCCAAUGAAAUGAAUAUAAAUUUAUUUAUGUUGGAACUUCAGAUUCAUAACUAUAACUAAUGAACCACAAAUAGGCAUUAAAGAAAUAGAUUGUGAUAUCAUUAAGUUGGCGCUUUAUGAUAUCACAAUUUUCUUAACUUUAUUUUGAUUAUACACAUGCUGACUAGUUGAUAUGCAAAAUAGAAAUCACAUUCGCUAAACAAGCAUAAUCUAAUCUAAUUAUCUCGCAUACCGUUAAUUUUUUCUUCUACUAAUAUUGAUGACUAUUAUGAAAUGAAACAUUUUGUUUUCAGAAAACUAACUUAAUGUUAACCAUAGACAAUUAUGAGCGCUAUGCAAUCCUGUUACAAAGUUAUUUUUACACUUCUUUUUUCAGUCAUAUAUUCUCCACUACACAUUAAAAUUGAGCAUGUAUUAUAAACUGCUAUAAGAUGGAGUUUAUUAUAGCAGAUCUACUGGUUUAAGCUUCAGUUACUUACGAAUGGUUUGCAACUAUAAUAAUAAUGGCAACUACUGCUUCAUAUGUUUGUUAUAAUCAUGGAAUAUUUUCUAGAUUUAGUCAUGUUUUAAAAAAGCUUCACAUUGCUAACUUUAACCUGCUGAAUAUGGAAAAUUCAGAAAUGGCUCAAAACCAACCAUGUGCUCUGAUAAUCACAUUCAAAAGAUAUAUCAUUCUGGAAGGGCGACUAGAUUUUUUUUUUCUUUUACAAUUAUUUUACAUUGUUUACAUUAUUUUGCCAAUUACAGACGAACUUGUCCACGAAAAGGAGAAGUACAAAUACAUCUGCGACGACCUCGACCAGACCUUCUCAGAACUUGUCGGUUAAAAUUAUUUUCAUGUCUUCAAGAAAUACUAUUUUACACGCCAGCCUUUUGUUCCAGCAGAUUGCCAAGUGUAUUUUCUGAUAUUUAUCUAAUUGUUAUGUAACAUUAUGUACAUGUUUAAAAUUUUAAAAAAGUAUCUGUAUUGUUGCUCAUUGUUCUGUUUGGAUUAUUUAAUAUUUGAAAAGCUAUUCGUUAAGUUUGCGAUUGUUUUUUGUAAUUCAUUUACAAUCAUACUAUAUUUUAAAUAGCUUUGAAAAAUUAUGUGGCUGUAUAUUUUUUUAUACAGGAUAAAUUGUUCAUUGUUCUACCACAUACUUGUAUAAUUUAAGGCUCAAAUACACGAAUAUAUUUAAUGUUUUCAGUUUUUGCACUUCCUUUUAUUUUAUUCUUUUUGUCCUAUGCUUAUUAUUUGUAUUUAUUUAUCACAAUUCUAUGCUUAAAUAGCAUGUUUUGAUGGUGGUCUAUGUGGUCGAGCAUGUAAGCAAGCUUAUUUGUAGUAGGUAGAAUUUUAUUUAUUUAUUAAUUUUUAUUAUAGUUAAAUAUCUGCUUUAUUUGUAACUGCUAUUUGGGUAAGCACUCAUAAAGAGAAAGCUCAGUCCAUUAUUAUAUUGUUACAUUUGCUCAAUAAAAGUUCUAGUCAAGAUUCUCUGUUGAAGAAAUUGACUUCUACUUUAUUCAUAUAUUCUUUUUACAUUUCGAACGAAAAUUUAAAUUUUAUCGAUUAGGUAUUAAUAUAUUUGAAAUUACUAUGAAAGUUACUAUAAUACAUAGAUAGAUUGAUUAUUAAAAAAAAUACGGGGAUAUCAAGCAACUUAAUUUUUCAGAUAUCUUAAAUUCCACAUUCAAAUAUAAAUAUCUGUAUCUAUAUUUAAUAACACAUUAGAUAUUAUCGAUAAAGUCUCAUACCCAGUUAGAAUUAAUGGAAUUGGGGAGACACCAAUAAAUUUUCUGUUAUAGAUAAAUUAAAAUUAUUGUUUAGUAUAUCAGGAUCAAUAUAUUUAUUAAAAUAAUUACUAGUAUUUUUUUUCUUAUUAUAAUUAGUAAAAUUUUACUUCAAGUUAAUUUUUUUCUUGAUCAUAAAGUUGAAGUUUUGGUUUGGAGUAUAAAAGUAAUCCCUUUGUAGAUAGAUUUAGAAAUAUUCAUCAGUUCAGUUUAAUUUAACAGUUUUACAUACAAUUUUCACAAACAAAUAGCAAAUUAAUCAAGAGACUAUAUUCUAGUUCUCAUUAGUGUCCAAAAAUGAUACACUAUUGUUUUGAAUGAUGAUUGAACAAAAAUGAAAAAUAUAUAUUGCAGAUGAUUUGGUCUCAGAAAAACAACGCUACAAAGCAAUUGCAGACGAGAUGUUGGAAACAUUUACUGAUCUGAAUUGCUGAAGGAAAAAUUACAGGAUCAUCAUGCCUUACAAUGGAGGAGCAUAUUUUAAGAAUUGAUGUCGCAAGUUUCGCUGUUAAAUUUUAACACAUAAUUAUUUUUAAAUUAGGACUUGAGAUUUUAUAAGUAAAUGGACAUUCAAUUGGUAAUUUCAAAUUUGUCAUUUUUCAAUGAGCUCUUUCAUAUCAGUUUGAAAUCAUAACAAAAUGUAAUAUUGAUUUUAUUUUAGACAUUCCAUUUUUAAUAACUUGGAUAAUGGUACUAUUUUCUUGAACAGGAGUGGGUAUAUUCAUUUUCCAUUCAAAAAUUUUAAUAGAUAUAUAAAAUGUCAUUUUAAAAACAAUAUUGAUAAUUCAACUAUUAGCUCUAGAUAAACUUAUUUCCUUAUGGUCUCGAGUUUUUAAAAUUUUAAGUGAGUUCAUCCAAUGAUAUACAUUUGCAUAAUUUCUUUUAUUGGAGCCAUCAUACAAUAAUCCUUCUAACGAGUUACUUUACAAUCAUAAAUCUGGAAAAUAAAUUUAUAAUAAUAACUAUUUUAAAUUGGUCAGAGGUGUGGUCAAUAGACACAUACUAACCAUGGUAAUAGCGUCUAUUUUAUUUGACUAAGUUUCGACCUAUGACGUAGGUCCGCUAUCCCUCUACUCGCUCCUAUUCUCUACUUGUAAUCCUCAUAGAGAAUUCUCGGGCGUCCUCAGAACCUCCUACCUGUUCCUUAUUCAUGGGACACUAAUAGCAGAACUACUUUAUCUGUCGCUUUUUAAAGGUUUUUAGAUCAAGCACUUGCAACUUAUAAUCUGACUUUGUAAGUGGUCUCUCCUUGUUUGACCAUUCUAAGUAGGUACUUCAUCUAUGCCAGCUUGAUCCUACGAUGUGCUUCUUAAGCAUUUCACUUCUGUAUGGAAGAGUUACAAACUGCCUAGGACGUGUGAAGCUUUGUUUAUUUCCCUACAUUCUGGUCACCAUUUAAUUUUUUGCAAAAUUUGGAAACAUAUUACGUUCGUCUUGAUGUUUCAAAUUUCCUCUAAACCCUCAGCAAAUUAAUGUUUAAAUAUUGUAUGAAUUUUCUCAUUAAAAUAUAUGAUAACCUAAGAUGACAUAUUUGUUAAUAUUAAUAAUUUAUUAAUUCUCAAAAUAUUAACAUCUAGUGUACUAUUAUUUUGCUGAUUUCGGGUUUGAAAUAAACAGGACAGAUAUUUACCUUUUGCCCACACCUGUUCUGGAAUUUUAAAAUUUAUUUCAUUUUAAUAAAUUAUGUAUUAUUUUUAAUUUUAAAAGAAAAAACUUUAUGACCAUAAAAAAGAUAUGUAAUCAAAAAGUGAGUGAAGUUGUGAUAAAUAUAGAUUACAUGACUUAUGCUCAAUAUUGGACUAAAUUUUUUGAAGUUAAAAUAUUUUUUCUUUUUGUAGACCAACUGCCUAAUCAUUCUCUAGAUUCAAUAAAAUUAAAAUGAGAUAGUAUGAAAUUGAUAUAUAAAUGUAUUUUCAAAUCCUUUUGUGAUCAAAGGAUUCAUUACAGUAAUUUUCUUUAUCUAAGAGUUUUCAAAUCCUCACGUAAUGCUCUAUUUAUUUAUAUUAGUGAAAUUAAAUCAAAAUAAAUGCAAGGUUUACAGUUUCCAUAGUGAUGAAAAAAUUAAUCCAUGAUGGUUAAUAUUAAAUAGAAUUUUAAUAGCUUGUUUCUAAUUUUGCUUUUUACUGUAAUAAAUUUUCACUUAAUUGUAAUUCAUUAGUUAUUUAUUGAAACCUAUUUCUCAGUCUUAUCGAUUCCUAGGUGCUUUCAAUAUCCUGAUUAUUGAGAUUGAUACUUUGAUAAGCGAG